GAAGAAGAAGAAGAGGAUGAGGAUGAAGAAGAAGAAGGAUGAGGAUGAAGAAGAAGAGGAUGAGGAUGAAGAAGAAGAGGAUGAAGAAGAAGAAGAAGAGGAUGAGGAUGACGAAGAAGAGGAUGUGGAUGAUGAAGAAGAAGAGGAUGAGGAUGAAGAAGAAGAGGAUGAGGAUGAUGAUGAAGAAGAAGAGGAUGAGGAUGAUGAAGAAGAAGAAGAGGAUGAGGAUGAUGAAGAAGAAGAGGACGAGGAUGAGGAGGAAAGAAGAAGAAGUAGAAGAAGAAGAAGAGGGUGAGGAUGUAGAAGAAGAAGAAGAAGAGGAUGAGGAUGAAGAAGAAGAGGAUGAGGAUGAGGAAGAAGAAGAAGAGGAGGAGGAGGAGGAUGAGGAUGAAGAAGAAGAAGAGGAUGAAGAAGAAGAAGAGGAUGAGGAUGAAGAAGAAGAGGAUGAAGAAGAGGAUGAGGAUGAAGAUGAUGAAGAAGAAGAGGAUGAGGAUGAUGAUGAAGAAGAAGAGGAUGAGGAUGAAGAAGAAGAAGAGGAUGAGGAUGAAGAAGAAGAAGAAGAAGUAGGAUGAAAAUAAGAAGA